AUGAGUGUGUUAUGCUUACAAUCAAUAAAUGAUGAUGAUGUUGAGAUAAUAGAUUACCAAUCUAACUUUAAAAUCUGUACAAUAUAAAUAAAGAAUUCUGCAAAUUAUAAUGUAUGGCAAAAAUAGCUCUAAUAUUUAUCCCAUCGUCCUUUUGAAUAAAAAUUCAAUUUUGGUAAUCAAGAAGAGGAUAUUGAUAUACAAAUAAAGGGAAAAUAAUAACAUGCCGAACUAAUUGUGUCGGAUAACAAAUUAGUCUUAAAAAACAAGGAAUAAUAGCAUCUUAUCUAUCAAUUAAUGCAAAGAUAAAUUAUUUAAAUGGAAAAAGUGAUAAGAAUUAACUAAUACUCUGUGAAUUUUGAUAAGAAAAAGAAAGUGAUACAACUUUCGAAUCGUUUAAAUAGUGUUCAUUCAAUCUAACUGAAUUAAAGUAAACAAAACUUGAUGAUGGAUGGAACUUGUCUUGGGGUGGUGUAUUAAACUUCGGAUGGAGAAGUGCAAUAUCAAGCAAACUCAAUGCAAGCGUAUUGUAAAAUAUAGUAAAAUGAAGAAGUGGAACUUCAAAAUUCAUAAAAUUUUCAACUGGGAAACACUUAAUUCUACAUCCAAUACUCAUUUAGUUGA